AAACCCUCUCAGCGAUGGCAGAGGAGGUGGUGACACAGGAGGCGACGCUCUUCCUGCUGCUGCUCUACUCGCCCGCCUUUAAGAACGUCUUCUCAGCGCUGCUCAUUCGCCAGUACCCACUCCUCGUGCUCUCCGUGCUUCCAGAUCACAACCCCUCCGCCCGCUUCAUCAAAAUCGAAAAGGCUCUGGACCGAGUGAUGGUACAGCUGUUCAACAUACCCGAGGUCACCAUGCACUGGGUGCUCUCAGGGGACCUCCUCCACCUCUUCGUCUCUGUCUUCUGCCGAGUCAUACAAGCCGCCAAAUCGCCGACAGGGAUGCUGAAUUGUGAGAGUCCCAUCAUCUGGCCUCGGGAAACAGUGAUGCAUGGCAAUCUGCAUCCGCUCUACUCACGCCCGCUGCACGACAUGCGCCUCAUCUUCUCCCACACGCCUGUCGUCAACUACCUCCUCACUCAGCGCCUUGAUUGUCUAGCUGACCUGCUGCUUACGCUCUCGCUGCUACAGGGCAUGAACCCGUACGUGCGCUUUGAGUAUGGCGACCCUACUGAAGGCACCCGGUGGACUAAAGCCGUCACUCUGGAGAUGUUGGUGAUUGGUCUUAUCGACACCAUCACAGAGCGCUACACCGCCUCCCCCUCCACCCUCCCCACCACCAUCCUCGCCCCACCUGCUGGGAACACUGGAGGAGCGGCAGAUGCAUCAGGAGGGGAGGGGCGAGGAGGGGCGGCAGGAGAGGGAGGAGUGGAUGCGGAGCAUGCUCUGCUGAAUGGGGCACGGAUUGCACUGCAGGCCCUGCUUGCUUGGCUGGUCAAGAAUCAGAUCAAGGCGGAAGAUACAGGGAGCAAGUCAGUCGCCAUGUCGCUGCACCUGCCGCUGCAUCGCAUUCUCUCCCUCUUCUUCGCCUCCCUUGUUCACAUUGCUGCUCACACUGUGCCUUCUACUGCUGCUGCUGCCGGUGGUGCUGCUGGUGUGGCUCGUUCUGGCAAUGGUGAUGGGGGCGAUGGGUCAGGGCCAGCAGCAUCAGUGGCUCAUUUGCGCCGACUGCUGCCACUUAACAUGCGCACAGAGUGCCUCACGCUGCCCCCUGUCCGUCCUCCCCCUCGCUCGUCCCUCCAUGACAGGUUCUGGCUAUGGCGGAACAUCCGCUUCGCCUCUUCGCCUGGAUGGCUCAGGUUCUGGCUAUGGCGGAACAUCCGCUUCGCCUCUUCGCCUGGAUGGCUCAGAAUUCACUCGCCUGUCGUUACUUCUGCUCCGUCCCUCCCUCUUUUCUCUCAGCUUCAUGACACCUUCAGCAAAACCAUCCAAUGCGCUUCUGCCACGUCAUCAUCCUCGUCAUCUGCCCCCCCAAGUGCUGACUGGACAGCAGCAGAGCUCAGCCGAUUGGCUGAUCUGCUCAAGCUUGUCCUGCUGAUCAUUCGAGACCCCAAGCACACGGGUUUCCCAGAGGACUAUGUGUUGCGGUACCAUGUGAUCCAGUGGCUUGCAGUGCGUGACCGCACUCACAGCGAUCUCUCGCAACAACUUGGUUCCUCUCUUGCCAGUCUACCGCACCUCAGUGCGGUCCUCCAAGACGUGGCAGAGCACCACGUGCCCAGGCGCCUGCAGCAGCGCGGCUACUUCCAGCUGAAGCCCGCCUGCUGGGAGGAGUUUGACCCACUCUUCCCGCAUUUCUCGCUUUCAGAGCUAGAGGAGGCUCAGGAGCGGGCAGAGAAGCUGGCGCCCAAGGUGCGCUUCUGGCGAGUGCAGUGCCCGCAGCGACAGAUGGCGCCGUUUGAUAGGCUGCCAGACAUGGCUCACACCGAGCCAUGCCACAUUGUGGUGCGCUGUGCUGUUGCGUGCGCCGCCCACCUGCUCGCCUCCCGCAACCCAGCCCACAGCACGCAAGCAGAAAACAUCGCUCUCCUUGCCACACAGCUCGUGACUGUCGCUGCUACUGAUGCCAGGUCCAACCCAAGCUGGCUGUGGAAGGAAGCUAUGGUGCUGGGCGCACCAGUAUCCUCCUCCCCUUCCCGGCCUCCCGUGUAUCCCCCCGGCUUAUAUUCGACCAAGAAACCUGGCAGCAGUGGGAGCAGUGGUAGCGGUGGCAGUGGUGGGAGUGGGGGCGGUGGGGAGAGUGAGUGGGAUUCAGAGCGGUUGCAGUCUGUCAGAUCCCGUUCCUCUGGCGCUGCUGCUGCUGAUGAUGAUGAAGAUCGAUCGCCGCGAAGGCCUGCCUUUCGGGCGGAUCAGGUGCCUCUCGGGCAUGAACGCCGAGAGGAAGGAUCUGCACAAGGAAGAGCCGGCGGAUCGGAAUUGGCCAUGGUGAGGAGUGAUCCGUGGCGGACGGAAACGCGCCAUGGGGGUGGCAAUCUGGGAUAUCGCCAGGAGACGGGAGCGUAUCGCUCGCCGGAUGCAAGUUAUCGCCGUCGCGAAGAUCGGAGGCGCGGGCGAGGCUUGGAAGGACUGUUUUCGGGCCGAGAGGGAGACCUCAACGCUGGCGGAGUAGAAGAAAGCGACGCGGCGGACACCUCGCAGGAGUCCGAGCACGGCGAUGCGGCGGAGAACGGCGCCGACGGCCGGAAGGAGGACGUGAGCAAGCAGCGCGACGUGCCUGCAGAAGCAACAAAAGCAGAUCUCGCGCAGGCGAGCGUGGCGGCAGAGACAAGCGCGGUGGAGGCGGACGGAACGAGCGGUGCUCGAAACCCGCCGCGCAACGGAGAGGAGCGUGGCAGCGGGAGGCGUAGCAGCAGCUCGCGCUCUCCAGAUUUGCGUCAGCAAUGCGACGCGGGAGGCGGCGACGGCGUGCGCUCGCCAGAUCACCGGCGCACUUGUGAUGGGGGGCGCGGCGACGGACAUGCGCUCGCCAGAUCCGCGGCUGCACUCGUGAUGGGGGACGCGGCGAUGGUGUGCGCUCGCCAGAUCCGCGACGCACUCGUGAUGGGGGAAGCGGCGACGGCGUGCGCUCGCCAGAUCCGCGGCGCACUCGUGAUGGGGGACGCGGCGACGGCGUGCACUCGCCAGAUCCGCGGCGCACUCGUGAUGGGGGACGCGGCGACGGCAUGCGCUCGACAGAUUCCGCGGCGCACUCGUGAUGGGGGACGCGGCGAUGGUGUGCGCUCGCCAGAUCCGCGACGCACUCGUGAUGGGGGAAGCGGCGACGGCGUGCGCUCGCCAGAUCCGCGGCGCACACGUGAUGGGGGACGCGGCGACGGCGUGCGCUCGCCAGAUCCGCGGCGCACUCGUGAAGGGGGACGCGGCGACGGCAUGCGCUCGCCAGAUCCGUGGCCGCUGCAUGAGAGGAGACACGGAAGUGGAUACCACUCGCCAGAUUCGAGGCAACACCGGGACAGUGGGCGCGGGGGCAGCACGCACUCACUAGAUCCGCGGAGAAAUCGCGACGGGAGAAGCAGAGGGGAUUCGCGCUCGCCAGAGCCUCGUUACUCGCGUGAUGAGAGACGCGGAGGAGGCAAUCGCUCGCCGGACAUGCAACGGUACCGUGGAGAGAAGUGGGGAGACAAGGCGCACUCGCCCGACUGGCGCCUGCGUCAUGGGGAAAGCCGGGGAGGCGGAUAUCGCUCACCGCAUCGGCAGCAGAGCAGGGAUGGGAGGCGCGGUGGUGGGUCUCGAUCGCCUGGCCGGUAUUGGCAGCACGACGGAAGAUGUGCCGGACAGGGAGGGCGGGAGCAACAUGGCGAUAGAGAAGAAAGCAGUGGGCUGGUGCACAGCCUGGAGCGAGCCAAGGAAGCAAGGGAGGGCCUACAGCGGGCAAAAGGAAGGGGAGCAUCAGGGAGAUCGGUGGGAGGGCCGAGCGAGGCAUGGGGAGAAGGAAGGGGAGGCACGGCCGUGGGCAUGAGGGUGGAGUAG